UUGGUGUGAAAGUGCACGGGAACUGCGCAUGCGCAGUAGGGACGAGCCGACUGUCAACACUGCUGUAGCCUCGUAAAAUGGCGGACCGCGGAGAAGAGGCAGAGAGUGAGGAUGAGUUGUAUGAGGUGGUGGACAUCACUGACUAUGCCAGGCGACAUCAGUGGUGGAGUCGAGUUUUUGGGAGCAAUACUGGUCCCAUUGCUGAAAAGUACUCUGUAGCGACGCAGCUCAUGAUGGGUGGCGUGACAGGCUGGUGUGCUGGUUAUCUCUUUCAGAAGGUUGGGAAAAUUGCAGCAACUGCAGUAGGUGGAGGGUUUCUAUUGUUGCAAAUUGCAAAUCACAGUGGCUAUGUGCAAGUCGACUGGAAGAAAGUAAAGAAGGAUGUCAAUAAAGCGAAAAAGCAUCUCAAGAAAAAAGCCAACAAAGCAGCUCCAGAGCUCAACUCCUUUAUUGAAGAGUCCACAGAGUUUGUGAAGAGAAAUAUUGUUGUCUCAAGUGGAUUUGUUGGAGGAUUUCUGCUGGGCCUGGCAUCCUAAAUCACAGAUGGAUCUGCUGUACACAUGGACUCUGCCUAUCCAGAGGCAUUCUACUCACUGUUUUAUUCAGUUGCUGUAUCACAGGGGCACAACACUAAAACAUGGUUGUUUUAUAACAAAGUUUGCACUAGUGUGGUUGAGGCAGCGCUGAGAAAUACUGAGUUGGGCCUCUCUGCUGGAAAGAAAGUGGCACAUAUUAUAUAAAGUUAACAUUAACUUAUCAAGUCAAUAACUGGAAUGCAAAUAUGAUCAGUUUUACGCUUAUGUUGAUCAGUGUUGUGGUUAAUAAGCUGCGAUUGCCAACCCCAGGGCUGUUUAUUUGUCACAUGUGAAAUAUGUGUCAUGUAAUAGCCCUGUAUUAAUCUGUGAAGUGCUGAAUCUGUCAGUUAUGUUUUGCCAAACAGUGCAACAUUUUAGUUCUUCAUAUGCCUUUUUUGUUUGUUGUUUCAUAAGUGGCUACUUGUAGUUUAUUUCCAGUGUAUUUUAUGUGUGUACUGUACACAGUGCCAGUUACUUUGCUGGAAAUUUGAAACUUACCUACAGUAACAUAUGUACUGUUAUCUACAGUAACAAUGUAACUAUUAAAGAUACAUUAUUUAUGCA